AUGUGUGGAAUCUUCGCGUGUCACCAUCACCCCGAUGUGCAAAAGUUCAAGCCCCAGGCUUUGCGCAUGGCUAAGGCUGUGCGCCACCGUGGUCCCGAUUGGAGCGGAAACUUCUGCGCUGAUAACACUAUCCUCGCCCACGAGCGUUUGAGCAUUGUCGGUGUCGAUUCCGGUGCCCAGCCCCUCGUCAACGAUGAUGAGACCCUCGCCCUUGCCGUCAACGGUGAGAUUUACAACCACCGCAUCUUGCGGAAAGCCCUGAAGACCAAGUACAACUUCAAGACUCACUCCGAUUGUGAGGUCAUCAUUCCCUUGUACAUGGAGCACGGUCUUGAUGCCCCCAAGCACCUCGAUGGUAUGUUCUCCUGGGUUCUCUGGGACAAGAAGCUUGACCGUGUCGUUGCUGCCCGUGAUCCCAUCGGUAUCACCAGCUUCUACCUCGGCCGCUCUUCUUCCACCCCUGGUGCUGUCUACUUCGCCUCCGAGCUCAAGUCUCUGCACCCGGUUUGUGACGACAUCAUCGCUUUCCCUCCCGGUCACAUCUACGACUCUAGCACCGACAAGAUGACUCGUUACUUCGAGCCCAAGUGGUGGGACCCCACCAACGUCCCCACCACCCCCGUCGACUUGAAGGUUCUCCGCCACACUCUGGAGAAGUCUGUCCGCAAGCGUCUGAUGGCUGAGGUUCCCUACGGUGUCCUGCUUUCCGGUGGUCUUGACUCCAGCUUGGUGGCUGCCAUUGCUCAGCGUGAGACCCUCCGCAUGCAGGAGGCUGCCCGCGCUGCUCUCAAGUCCGAGGCCGUCACUUCUGACCUGGUUGGAAUUGACGAUGAGAACGAGCUGUCCACUGUCACCACUUUCCAGCAGCUGCACUCCUUCUCCAUUGGUCUGCCCGGCGCUCCUGACACCGAGGCUGCCCUUGAGGUCGCCAAGUUCCUGGGCACCAAGCACCAUGCUUUCACUUUUACCAUUGAGGACGGCCUGAACGCCCUCGCCGAUGUUAUCUACCACCUCGAGACCUACGAUGUCACCACCAUUCGUGCCUCUACCCCCAUGUACUUGCUUUCUCGCAAGAUUAAGGCUAUGGGUGUUAAGAUGGUUCUGAGUGGUGAGGGUAGUGAUGAGAUCUUCGGUGGUUACCUCUACUUCCAUGCUGCUCCCAACCGUGAGGAGUUCCACACCGAGACCGUCCGCCGUGUCAAGAACUUGCACUUGGCUGACUGCCUACGUGCCAACAAGUCGACCUCUGCCUGGGGUCUUGAGGCUCGUGUCCCCUUCCUCGACAAGGAGUUCCUGGAGACCUCCAUGGCUGUGGACCCUAAGGAUAAGAUGAUCACUGAUGGCCACAUUGAGAAGUACAUCCUGCGCAAGGCCUUUGACACCUCUGAUGAGCCUGAUGAAACCCCUUACCUUCCCGAGAAGAUUCUCUGGCGCCAAAAGGAGCAGUUCUCUGAUGGUGUUGGAUACGGGUGGAUUGACGGUCUCAAGGAUGCCGCCGAGCUGCACGUCACUGAUGAGAUGAUGAAGAACCCCAAGCCUGAAUGGGGUACCGAUAUUCCCGACACCAAGGAAGCUUACUGGUACCGCACUAUGUUCGAUGAGCAGUUCCCGCCUUACUGUGCGGGUACUGUCGAGCGGUGGACCCCUACUUGGUCGAAGCAGAGCGACCCUAGCGGCCGUGCGAUCGCCACUCACAACAAGAAGUACAAGUCUGCUGAGUAA